UCCGUCACUUCCGGCCCCCAGACGACACAUACACGAGCAAGGACUACACGUGAAAACAGCUUCCCAAAACUGACACCUGAAACAAGAUGGACAUCACGGAGGUUCCCGUGAGCCAGAAUGAAAAGGGUAAGAAAAAGAAGAACAAGAAGCCAAAGAAGAAGAAUGAGGGGGGGAGUGGAGAAGGCAGCGGGGUGGAGGUGAAGGAGGAGGACGUGAAGAUGGAGAAGAGCGAGGCAGGAGCUUCCUUUCCCCCAACCUUCAGUGUGUCCGAAAUCAAGAAUAAACAGCGACGACACCUCAUGUUCAUGAAGUUCAAACAGGAGAAAAGAAAGCAAAAGCUGCAAGUGAAGAAGAAGAAGAAAAAAGAAAGGGAUGCUUUAGGUGACAAGGCACCACCGAAAGAGGUCCCAAAGACGAUCGAAAACCAGCGGGUGUACGAUGAGACGACAGUUGACCCAGAGGAUGAGGAGAUUGCAUUCGAUGAGGGAACUGAUGAGUUUUCGACGUACUUUAACGGGCUGACAAACCCCAAAGUGCUCAUCACCACGUCCGACAGACCGAGAGGAAGGACGGUGAGGUUUUGUGAGCAGCUGGCCACAGUUAUCCCAAACGCCUACGUGUACUACAGAAGAGGUUUGGCCCUGAAGAGAGUCAUUCCUCAGUGUGUCGCCAGAAACUUCACCUACCUCAUUGUCGUCAACGAGGAUCGCAAAGUGCCCAAUGGUUUGGUUCUCUGUCAUCUACCUGACGGGCCGACCGCACACUUCAAGGUCAGCAGUGUUCGCUUACGCAAGGAGAUGAAGAGACGAGGCAAGGAUCCAACUGAACACACCCCCGAGGUGAUCCUUAACAACUUCACUACACGUCUGGGACACAGCAUCGGCCGAAUGUUCGCUGCUCUGUUUCCGCAAGACCCUCAGUUCGUUGGUCGUCAGGUCGCCACCUUCCACAACCAGAGAGACUUCGUCUUUUUCAGAUUCCACAGGUACAUUUUUAAGAAUGAGAAGAAAGUCGGUAUUCAGGAGCUGGGACCUCGUUUCACCCUCAAACUCCGCUCUCUACAGAAAGGAACCUUUGACUCAAAGUUUGGGGAGUAUGAGUGGGUCCUGAAGCGCCAUGAGAUGGACGCCUGCAGGCGAAAAUUCCAGCUUUGAAAACCAAUUCACUACUGGCUUUUUUUCAGUCAGACAAGGACAACUGUGUGUAUAAUCCAGGAUUGUUCUGCCGUCUGUUGCUCUACACGUAUAGGCCCUUGUGCGGAUAUCCACAUCAUUUUUGGGACUAUCAGCAGCAACAGCGAAGAACUUCUUGAAAGCCUUAUUUUCAGUGCUUCUGGAGACAAAGAGUGGGACAGGAGCCUGGAGCUGAUGCAAGGACUUUUACUUUCUCUGACGGAGACAAGCAAGCGCUCUCCACAUGAAUCUCAUUACCCUCACAUUUCUUACCUGCAUGGGUUUCUAGAAGUUGUAUUGGCAGAUCAAAUGUAUCCCCACAUACUGAACUGAUGUGGUAACAGUUCAUUUUGCAUAUAGACAUGAACCUGAUAGAUAUGGUAUAAAAGAUUCUUAAUUAAGUGCUACAGCUGCUAGUCUCUGGAGAUGGCUUAAUUGUCCAGAUUGUGUCCACAGUGCAGUUUGUUUUGUGUGUGAUGGAAUUUCUUUAAAUACGUGUGGAUGAAUUGUUUAAGACUUGUUCACUGAUUUCAUAAUGUAAAAUACUCAUUUUAAAAUAACAUGAAUCUGCAAGCUUAAAAAGUUGAGUUACCAUUUAUUCUCAAAAUUAGGCAUGGAAAAAAAAAAUCAAAAAGGCACAAGUGUUGAAAUGUGUCUGCUACUUUUAAGCAAAGAAGUUAGGACAUUUAUCAUGCUGCUUUUAGCACCAGGGAAUGUUUCCGUAUUACAUUUUACAAUAGCAAAAGUACAAAAAACUCUUGAGUUAGUUGCCUGUUCUCAAAAUCCUGAGACGUCUCUAGUCCACAGUGCAGAUCGUGCAUCCAAGUUCCUCAAGGCACCACAACGGUCAAAACCUGCAUACAAGAGUAAAAUGAUCAUACAAACAUUCAACUUCACAAAUAAGACUAAAUAUGUUUGUUUUUUUUAAGUUAGAAAGGAACCUGCAAUUACAAAUGUGUCCUUAUGUGUGCUGCCAGAGAAUAAAUAUGUGGUUUCUUACUGUAUGUCACUUUCCUAGGAAACUUUAAAUGUUUUAUACAACAUGAAUAAAUGGUGUUAAUCAAAAUAAAGUGA